AUGCCCCACGAUCUCCAGCCCCAAGCGCAUUACUCUCCCGCACCCUACCUGAACGGCCGCAUCAAGUCGGAGACGGGUUCCGAGCGCGGCGUGUCACCUCAUCCAUCCGAACAUUCAUCCCGAUACUCCUCACAACCCGCCCAACCGAUGCCGAGUUAUCCUCCUCCCAUGCAUAAUGGCUACCCGAACGAUAUGCGAUACAAUUCCCCAUCACACAUGCCGGUCUCGGCUGCGACCCUCCUGAACAACUUCAACCAAAGCGCCCCUGCCGACUCCAUGUACCAACCGCCGCCGCCCAUGCCGCCACCACAUCAUCAAGACGUGCAAAAUGGAACCAGCGCACCACCAAAGCCGGAAGGGCCACCAAAGGCAUUUGCUUGCUCGACGUGCGGCAAAGGCUUCGCUCGACGAAGUGACUUGGCUCGUCAUGAACGGAUACAUAGUGGUGUUCGUCCACACGUGUGUGACUACCCCAACUGUGGUAAACAGUUCAUUCAACGGUCUGCGUUGACCGUUCAUAUGCGCGUUCAUACUGGUGAGAAGCCGCACAUGUGCGAGCGAUGUGGAAAGCCGUUCAGUGACUCCAGCUCUUUGGCCCGCCAUCGCCGUAUCCACUCUGGCAAACGUCCGUACAAGUGCCCAUACGCCGAUUGCCAAAAGACCUUCACCCGACGCACCACCCUCACCCGCCACCAAAACCAUCAUACGGGCACGGUUGAAGAAGCCGCCGCUGCGACAGCCGCUGCCCUUGCCUCUCGUGCAUCUGCCCCCUCCCGCUCCGCUCGCUCCGACGUCGAUGAUUUCUCCGAGCACGCCUCUCCCCUCCCCACUCCCUCUCCUAAUGAACGAACGCUCUCCCUUUCCCCGGCGGCCGGCAUGCCCGUCGUCCCCAACAUGCAUCGCGGGCCCGGGCCCCAGGAAUACACCUACAUGAGCAACCUGGCCGGCGUGCCUCCCCACCUCCGCCCCACCAUGCAACAACCCUCCCCGCGCUCCUCCCCCGCCCUAACCACGCAAUCCUACAACUCCACCGUCUCCUCCGGUGGUCGUCCCUCGCUGACCUCCCACCCGUCCGCCUACGGACCGCCUCAGGUCCUCGAGCCACCCACCACCGCAAACCACCCGCACGGACAGACCAGCGGACCCGGCAGCGUGAACGGCAGCCCCCACAUGGGCCACGUAGGAUGGCAGAGCCCGUCGCAGCAACCGCUUCCUUCACCGGGCGCGGCGGACGGCUUCGUGUAUCCGGAACCGGGAUACGGACAGCAGGCGCCGAACAUGUACUAUCCGAACUCGAACAUCCGGAGGCCGCAGAGCACCGAGCCGGAUCAAUAUAAUCCGAACCAGGCACGGAUGGCGCACGAUGUAUGGGGGGCGACGACGGUGCAGUAA